AAGGAUUGCAGACAGGUGGAUCGUUGAACUAAGAGGUGGAAAUAGUGGAUAUUUUUUCUAUGGUGGUCUUCAUCCGUGGAGACAAGAUGGCCAAGGCUUUUUCUCUGACUGUAACGCAUAAACGCGCCGCGAUUUCUUAUCUAGAAAGACAUUCACAUUCAUUGACGCGUUAGAUUAUUUUCGUUUCUGCGAUAGCCACACAAAUCCGUUCGAAUUCGUCCCACAACAUGUCGCAGCUGUUCCGCCCCUCUGCUCACGAUGAAGUCCAAACGGCAGAGAGUUUCGACCUCUCGGCGGUCGCCGAUGCCAUCUGCAAGGAGAUCUGUACCUUGCGAGACACUUCUCAACACGCGGGUCGUCCGCAGCGACGGUGGCGCAUUGGGCUUCAGUUCCCGACGAGAAAAGGCUCAGUCACCGUGCACCGAGUUUUGAUGGACUACAUUCUGAAUUGCCAGGCAGAAGAUGAUGAACAUGCACAAGAGAGGCAGAGUAGAGAUCGUCUCAGCACGUCCAGCGCAAGAGCACCAGGAGCUCCAUCCACAAGAACAGCGUCUUCGUCGAGCCGUUCCCGUUCCACCCCGGAGCAUGAGCAAAAACCCUCUUGUUCACGACAAAUAAACAGCAAAGUCACCGAGCAUGAUUUCCAGCUCUGCAUCCUGGGCGACAGUGACUACGGCGCCUGCUGCGUCGACGAGGUCAGCGCGAAGCAUUACAACUGUGAUCGAAUUGUGCACUUUGGGAAAACAUGUCUGAGCCUACCCCAGAGCAUUCCGACAUUAUUUGUCCCAAGAACAACGGGGCUGAAGCUGAACCGACGGACCGAACCUGCUUUGCUGGAAAGACUGAGGGAACUGCGAGACACACUGAGGGAUAGUGUUGAAGGAGGAGCUGCAGUAGACGCAGACGACGCGGAUGCCCCAGAUGCUCGUGAAGGUCCAGAUGAACUUCACACCAGCUAUCGCAAAUCGAAACUCGUGCUCGUCUAUGACGCUGGGUUUGAGGAAGAGGACCUGUGCAAGGCACUCCAACCCGAUGUGGUCUUCUCCCUCCCUGAGGAAGUCCGAAGUUGGCGGUUUGUGUUGGCGAAAGGCAGUAGGGGGACAAGUAGGACGCACCAUGGCUUGUACCAGUACAAGGGCCAGUGUGAUGAAAAAGAAAAUGCUGCUUUUGCUUCUCAUCGAGCAGUAUCAGGUGGUGAAGCAACUUUCGGAGCGUCAACUUGCGGCUGUGGUCCGCACGACGGUAGCGACAGGCAGGCGAGCUACACCGGUUCUUCGAUUUCUUGUGCGACUGAUUCAUCUUCCAUGUGGUCACCUGCUGUCUACACGAGGGCGUUGCAAGCGCACGCCACCGGUUUGACCCCACUAUGGUCCCGCUGGUUUAUCCCGGAUAAUUCCCCGCUCGUCUGCGGACGCGUGUUGCAACGGAACCAGGUCGUUGUUGAGAGAGGAUUUUCAACUUCUGAGAAAGAAGCCCAAUCGCAUCCAGAUCUUCGACUACAGGCGUCGAUUAAGCGGGGCUCUAAUUAUUUCCACUACGUCUACGUGGGGAACAGCCAAAGCCAGCUGGACGCGUUGGUUAUGCGCUUCGGCUGCGUGCACCACGUGAAACUUCUGCAGGCUGUGGACAACAAGCAGCAAGCAACAGUUGAGCAAGUUUUUUCUACCAAUUUGAUGCAAAAACGCUACAACGUCGGAGUGCAGGCGAUCCGGAACGCCCGGCGUGUUGGGUUACUGUUCGCCACCGCGGAUCGCCCAUUCUUACAGACAUUGGUUCUACAUUUAGAGCACCACUUGCACCUCGCGCAAAAAGCCACCUACCGGGUUUCUAUCGGAAAACUGGAUGUGGCGAAGCUGUGCAACUUAGAAGAGGUCGAUUGCUGGAUCGUCCUUGCGUGUCCGGAGCGGUGCGGCCAGAUCCUGGCGAAACAGCAGGAAUUUCCGAAGCCCUUCGUCACCCCCUACGAGGCCCAGAUCGCGCUCGACCUGCGAUCUUGGGAGGGCGAGUUGGGGUAUGUGACGGACCCCAGCGAGUUGGGGGCGGAAUUGGAUCGGGUUUUUAAAGAAUCGGGCGCGAGUGGUGGCCCCGCGAAUACGGGUGUUUUUGGUAGCGACAACGACGGUUCAGCGUCCGAGUACGAGGAAGAGACCGAGGACUUUCCGGAGAUGGAGCGAGAAGACAUGUCAGCUGUCACAGGCAAUGACCCCAGAACAACAAGCACGGUGGUAAACGAUCAUCAGAAUUUGAAGACGAACUACGAUAGUACAGAUGAGAAUCGGCCCCCCGGAUCGCCAGCAAACACUAGAAAACCUCCAAAGUGGAACUCGACCUUGCCGCAAAGUGGAAGAAAAAAACAGGAGGACACAGCAUUACGUCGGAGAAAACGAAACUAUCAUCAAAAGAUGUUGACCACCGGUAACGAGGCGCAGGAUGCGCUCUUGUUCGAAAAUUCCCGGCGCGCAUGGCAGGGCUAUGUCGACACACCAGCCGCGCCAGCGGUGCUCACGAAAGGAAUGACUGGGAUUGCGUCGAAGUACGAAGGGGAGGAAUAAGUAGUUGUAAUUACGAGCUGAAGUACUAUAGUUUUUCCAGCUUAUUUGCGAUUAUGGUCCUUCUCAUAAAAGGAAAAGCUUGUCGACUUCUCUGAUGAUUUCUGCAACAUAACCCGCGAAUAUCUUUCGAACUUGAAGUAGCGACAUGGCAUGUACAUGAAAAAUAAAAAGGUUCUGAAAAAUGAAAUGCGACAAUGUAUUGCAGGCUGUAGGAUUCUACAUCUACCUUGCAUGAGAUUCAUAGCGACGAUGAGGUUUCUUGCUGUACUUACAUAGGCUUCAGCUCUUCCUGAUACAUUCAUGAUCUUGCUGAGUUUUUCUGUUCCACUGUAGCCAUGAGUAUCUUUGUGAGGGCUGAAGCUCAAGAGUGACCACGGAGAGGCUCUCCUGUUAAUGUUCUAGCAGAUGUUUUGUUUUGUUGGUUGUUCGUCAUUGUUUUCAGCGUCAACGGUGUGGUUGGAAGUUACUGCCGCUUCAUUACCCUUAAUCUCGUCUACGUUUUGCGUAGACAGGCAGG